AUGGACCCUCUCAACGCUCCUUUCUCUGGCGUCCCGGCCAAUGGUGGCGCUCCUGCCAACCAAAUGUCGUUCCCCAACGGCACCCCUCCCAACCCCGACAUGGGAGCCGUUGCCCCUCCACCGGGCGCUGGCCAGGAGCCUCCUAAGACGACUCUCUGGAUGGGAGAGCUCGAGCCCUGGAUGGAUGAGAACUUCAUCAAGGGUGUCUUCCUUUCGGCCGCCGGUGAAACCGUCAAUGUUAAGGUUAUCCGUGACAAGAACUCCGGCAACGCUGGUUACUGCUUCGUCGAGUUCCAGUCCCCCGACGCUGCUACCAAGGCCCUUGGCCUUAACGGCACCCCUGUUCCCAACAGCUCUCGUCAGUUCAAGCUGAACUGGGCCUCGGGUGGUGGACUCGUUGACCGUCGGGACGACCGUGGCCCCGAGUACAGCAUUUUCGUUGGCGACCUCGGCCCUGAAGUCAACGAAUACGUUUUGGUGUCCCUGUUCCAGGCCCGUUUCCCCUCAUGCAAGUCCGCCAAGAUCAUGACGGAUGCCAUGUCCGGUCAGAGCCGUGGCUACGGAUUCGUCCGCUUCUCCGACGAGAACGAUCAGCAGCGGGCUCUUGUCGAGAUGCAGGGUGUCUACUGCGGCAACCGACCCAUGCGCAUCUCUACCGCCACCCCCAAGAACCGUGGCAACCACGGCUUUGGCCACGGCCAGCACAACGGCCCCAUGAUGGGCGGCGGUGUUAUGCCCCAGCAGCAGAUGUGGAACGGAGCCCAGGGCUUCUACGGCGGUUUCAACCCCGCUACCCAGAUGAACCAGUUCACUGACCCCAACAACACCACCGUCUUCGUCGGUGGUCUCUCCGGCUACGUCACCGAGGACGAGCUGCGGUCCUUCUUCCAGGGUUUCGGUGAGAUCACGUAUGUCAAGAUCCCUCCUGGCAAGGGUUGCGGUUUCGUCCAGUUCGUCCACCGUCACGCUGCCGAGAUGGCCAUCAACCAGAUGCAGGGUUACCCCAUUGGCAACUCCCGUGUCCGCCUGAGCUGGGGCCGAUCGCAGAACAACUCUGGCGUAGGUACUCCCUACCGUCCUGCCCCUCCCCCUCCCCACUACAUGGGCAUGCCCAGCCACGGUCCCGGUAACUACGGCCCUCAGCACUUUGGCGGCCCUGCUCCUGGUCCCCAGGGACCUCCCGGACCUCCCGGCCCCCCCGGACCCGCCGGUCCUCCCCAGUAA